AGUUAUCCGUGAGCCUCCAACGAGUGAAGAUUGAACAAAUAAUAUUGCUGCGUACAAGUGAAAGUAUAUCUCUAUUAUGGCUUCUAAAAAGUAUCCUAUGUUACUCUCUGAUCUCGAUGAAUUACCCACUGGUCGUUUGGGUGUCUAUGAGUUUUACUUUGAUCCAACCCUGUGUCCAAUUGCGAAACGCGUAGCUGAGGAGGAGCUCAAGGAAACAGAAGAGAAAAAACAAAAGUGCAUUGAGGAAUUGAGGAAAUUAUUGGAACAAGAGGAAAAUCUUGUAGUUCCAAUUGACAAUGUGGAUUGGCUUAUUAAAUUUCUACGUGCCCGCGAUUACGAUGUACCUGAUACAUUUAAAUUGAUAAAAAAAUAUUAUCGCUUUAAGAUAAAAUACAGUGAUAUAUAUAAAGAUUUUAUACCAUCAAAAAUGACACGUCUCUAUGAGCAUCAAAUAUUUUUGGGAUCACCAGAGAAGGAUGACAUGGGGCGCAGAAUUCUAAUUCUUGAAGUUGGAAAAAAAUGGAAGCAUAAAAUAGUAUCCGUUAAAGAAUUAUUUCGUGUUUGCAUCCUCAUCAUGGAAGCAGCCAGCUUGGAGCCGAAUUCUCAGGUUCUAGGAACAGUUGUAAUUGUGGACGUUAAGGGAUUCAAUUUAGCACGUGCAAAUAAAUUCACUCCACAAAUUCUCCAUAUGGGCAUCAAGUGGAUUCAGGAUUGUAUCCCAAUUAAGAUUAAGGCAUUUCAUGUGAUUAAUGAAAACACAUUCGUGGAUCUUGUAUGGAAUUUGGCAAAACCUCUACUUCGGCCAGAUUUUAAAAAGCGCAUCCAUUUCCAUGGGAGUGAUUUUGGAUCACUGCAAAAACAUAUUCCAGCAAGAUGCCUCUUUACAUAUUAUGGUGGCACACUGGAAUUCCCCGAAAUCCCUACCCACGACGAACUCUUGGCAGAAUACCGUGAAUGGACAGAUAAAGCCGACAAGGAGUUUGAAGCGAUAAAUUCCUAUGGAUUUAGAAAUUAGUUUUUAUACAUAGUCUGUAUGAACAGGUUUGGUGUAACAUAGGUAAUUGAAUGAUUUUACCUACAGAUUGGUGAUUGAAGGUGUUUUGGUUUGAAAUAAAUGGUACAAAAACUCUCAAACA